AUGGAACCCAUCUUCAACCAUCGUCGCCAGUCAUCGCUCUCCAAUAUCACUGAAAAUAUUGAUCAAGUCCCACCACCAUCCUCUCCAAAUAUCAUCAAUGACAAGUCUGAAAAGUUUAAGCAUGAAAAUGAGGAAGACAAGAUGGAGAAGAAAGAAGAAGAUUAUGAUUCUGUAAAUGAGGAUGAGGAAGAAGAUACUGGGAGUGAAGAUGAUGAUGAUGAUGAGUUUGGACUCGACCCACGGGACAUUGAUUUGAUGAUGUCAGAGACUGGGCUCUCUUGGAACAAUGCUGCAAAGGCGCUGAAGGAUGCUAACAAUUGCUUUAUCACUGCCAUCAUGGAAAAUCAGAAGAAUUAA